AUGGAGGAGCUAAACCUAUACAUUCUAACCUCAAACUGCGCCCGGAACCUGAUCGACGUCGACCUCUUUGCAGCCCACUUCUUCGAUGUCCUCCCCACCUCGACGCCAGCGCCAGAGCUGAUCGUGCUUUCAUUACAGGAGCUCGCUCCGAUCGCAUACUCCUUCCUGGGCGGCUCCUAUCUACUCCCAUACUUUAAUGCAUUUAUCAAGGCAGUCAAGCAAGCGACCGCAAAACAAUGGAACAAAUCUUAUGUCGAGCUUGUCAAGGACCACACCGGCAUGACGGGGUUAAUGGUCUUUGCGCGCGCUGAUAUUGCGGGCAGGAUAUCGUGGAUCGAUACCGCCCAUGUCGGAUUUGGGCUACAGGAUAUGGGGAACAAGGGUGCGGUCGGUGCUCGGCUUAAAUAUGUGGUGGAGGGACGAUCGUCUCAAACUGCGGAUUUGACGUUCGUUGCGGCGCAUCUGGCACCCAUGGAGGAUGGGUUGGUAAAGAGGAACCUGGAUUGGCAGAGUAUCGUUGAGCGAUUGGUCUUUCCGCAUGGACAGGGCUCACCUCGGACGGUGGAAGGCGACGGCCAGCACACGGACGAGAGCACCUCGCUCCUGAAUGAGCGUGCCAAUAGCUCGUCGCAUAACCUCUUCGCUCCUAAUUCAUACCUAUUCCUAGCCGGAGACCUCAAUUACCGCACAUCCGACGUCAGUCCGCUCAAGGAAGAUCUCAUACGCUUCCCCAAGCGUUAUGCCGACCCCAGCAGUCCUUCUCACUACUCCCACCUCCUCCCAGAAGACCAGCUCAUACGCGAGAUGCGUGCAGGCAGGACCUUCCAUGGUCUCUUCGAAGCCCCCAUCAACUUCCCCCCGACAUACAAAUUCUCUGACGCAGCGCAGCAAGAUGCCCGGCGCGCCCUGGAGACCGGCGACUCGGACACAGAGUGGAAAUGGUCCUCACACCGGUGGCCCAGCUGGUGCGACCGCAUCCUGUACCUGGACGACGCGGCGUCACGGGAUACUAGCGACGGUGCAGCUCACCGGACAGUCAAACCGGUCGUGUACGACGCGCUCCCACUGUUUCCUCACUCGGAUCAUCGCCCUGUCGCGCUGGCUGUGAGCGUGCCUCUGAGACCUACUGCCGCACCUGAAGAUGCGGAUCACAUGGCUGGCGAUGCGAACGGCGGGGGCAAGACUGGAACUGUGGCUCCGUUUGCAAUCGAUCCUACCUGGCGGUCUCGGCGGGAUGCGGCGCGGCGCAAGGAAAUAGUCGUCGGUGUGUUGGCCUACUUAGGGUUGACUUGGGAGGGGAAUGGGAUGGUGCUUGCGUCUGUGGUGGGACUGUUAGGUGCAUGGGCGGUCCUGCGGUCGAUAUGGGGUGUGUAA